AUGCAGUCCUUCAACGUGUUCGCUUUGGCCUUGUGUGCCUUUGUUUUGGUGUCCUCCAGCCUGGCGGCUCCUUUGGAUGAUUCACAACACGCUACAAUUCUGCGUUACGAUAACGAUAACAUUGGAACCGAUGGCUACAAUUUUGGUUACGAGACAAGUGAUGGAAUUACACGCCAAGAGCAGGCCGAACUUAAGAAUGCUGGCACCGAACAGGAGGCUUUAAGUGUACGUGGCUCGGUUAGUUGGGUGGCACCUGAUGGCCAGACCUACACACUUCAUUAUAUAGCCGAUGAGAAUGGUUUCCAGCCACAGGGUGACCAUUUGCCACAUAACUGAAGGG